UCUUUUUUUUUAAUUCAUCCGCAACCACUGCGAACUUGCGAAGGCCGCGGGUACAAGAAAAGAAGAGAAAAAUAAAAAGGAGCCGCAUUAUAAGUAGGUAGUGGUGGUGGUGGAGGAGGAGGAGAGCAAAUCGAGGUAGCCAUGGCGAUGCAGGCCGCCUUCGCCGCCUCGAUGUUCCCGCAGCUGGCGCAGCGGAGGGGAAGCGAUCGCGCGGUGGUGGUGGCGCCGCCGGCGCCGGCGCCGGUGAGGGUGGCGAUGAGGAGCGGUGGGGCGGCGGCGGCGGCGGCGAGAGGGGUGAGGUGCAGGGCGAGCCUGAUCGAGCCCGACGGGGGGAGGCUGGUGGAGCUGGUGGUGCCGGAGGAGGGAGGGCGGCGGGAGGCGGCGCGGCGGGAGGCGGCGGCGCUGGCGCACCGGGUGAGGCUGGGGCGGGUGGAGACGGAGUGGCUGCACGUGCUGAGCGAAGGGUGGGCGAGCCCGCUGCGAGGGUUCAUGCGCGAGGCCGAGUUCCUCCAAGCACUUCAUUUCAACGCCAUCCGCGGCGGAGACGGGGCCAUGGUCAACAUGUCCGUGCCCAUCGUCCUCCCCCUCGGUGACGCCCAGCGCCGCGCCAUCGAGGCGUCCGGCGCCCGCCGCGUCGCGCUCGUCGACGCCGCCGACCGCCCCCUCGCCGUCCUCAGCGACAUUGAGAUCUACAAGCAUAACAAAGAAGAAAGGAUUGCACGGACAUGGGGAACAACUGCACCUGGGCUGCCUUAUGUUGAUGAGGCGAUUACAAAUGCUGGUGAUUGGUUAAUUGGUGGUGACUUGGAGGUUAUAGAACCAAUCAAGUACAAUGAUGGUCUUGAUCAGUAUCGCUUGUCUCCAGCCCAGCUGCGUGAAGAGUUUGCCAGACGCAAUGCUGAUGCGGUAUUCGCGUUUCAGCUUCGCAAUCCUGUACACAAUGGACAUGCUUUGCUCAUGACUGAUACACGCAAACGCCUUCUUGAGAUGGGUUACAAAAAUCCUGUUCUUCUGCUUCAUCCAUUGGGAGGAUUCACAAAAGCAGAUGAUGUGCCUCUUAGUUGGAGAAUGAAGCAGCAUGAAAAGGUUCUUGAGGAAGGUGUCCUCAACCCAGAAUCAACUGUCGUUGCAAUCUUCCCCUCUCCAAUGCAUUAUGCAGGGCCAACUGAAGUGCAAUGGCAUGCUAAGGCUCGUAUAAAUGCUGGUGCAAACUUCUACAUAGUUGGAAGAGAUCCUGCUGGUAUGGGCCACCCAACUGAAAAGAGGGACCUGUAUGAUGCUGAUCAUGGGAAAAAGGUGUUGAGCAUGGCUCCUGGGCUUGAGAAGCUCAAUAUCCUUCCUUUCAAGGUGGCUGCAUAUGACACAAAGCAAAAGAAAAUGGACUUUUUCGAUCCAUCAAGGAAAGAUGAUUUCCUGUUCAUCUCUGGCACAAAGAUGCGUACUCUUGCCAAGAACUGCCAGAGCCCCCCUGACGGAUUCAUGUGCCCGGGUGGCUGGAAGGUCCUUGUUGAAUACUACGACAGCUUGACGCCAUCAGCGGACAGCAGCAAACUGCGCGAGGCGGUUGCGGCCUAGAAAGCUGAAACUACCUCAAAUAAGCAAGAACAUUGCAUCUUGCAACUGUAAAAUGGUUCUUUCAGAGAGAGAACCAAUGGUAUAUGUGUAUACUACUGGUCGCAAGGCCUAAACAUUUGGGUUUGA